UUUGCAGUGAGUGUGCUUGUGAUCGUUUCAGGCGUGUUAAAUAUUAAGUGGUUUCACUUUCCAUUCCACAGAAGCGAAAGGAAAAGCCAGCCAGGGCUUGGAAACAUGGAGGGCAGCUCAGAGGAAACCACGCUCUGCAAGAACUGCAAGAAGGAGGUGUUGGCCUCGAAUUUCUCCCUCCAUGAGUCGCACUGCUGGCGCUUCCUGUCUGUCUGCCCGCUCUGUGAUGAGCCCGUGCCCAAGGACCAGCUGCAGGAGCAUCGCGACACAGAGCACUGCAAGGUUCGAUGCACGCAGUGCAAUAAAGAAAUGGAGAAAUGCAAACUGGAGAUACACCAGUCUGAGCAGUGUGCGGAGCGGCUGGUGAGCUGUGAGUUCUGUGAUCUGGAGCUGCCCCUCAGUAAGCUGCAGGAGCACGGGGAUGCCUGCGGGAGCCGCACCCAGCGCUGCCACAACUGCGACCGCUACGUGAUGCACCGUGAGCAGGAGAGACACAGCCGUGAGUGCAGGGGCAAGAGAGAGGGAGCAGAGGAACAGCGAGAGGAGGAGGAGGAGGAGGAGAAGACAUACACCUUCUACAACCGCAGUUCCGCCUUCAAGUUUCCAUGUUGGUACUGCAUGAAGUCUUUCCCAGAAGAGGAGCUGAAUAAGCACCAGCUGGACUGCAGUCGGCCGUCCCGUCACAACGCAGGUUUCCGCCCCACGCCCUCCCCGCCCUUGCUGGGGGACCCCCGGCCUCACUUUGGGGUCCCGCGGUCCUCCCGAUCGCCCACAUUCCCUCUGUGGGGGCUGGAGAGUCCGGACAGGGAGGACCGGGAGACUGAGGAUGAGAUCAUGACCUGCUCAAACUGCCACCUCGCCCUGCCCUCAGACACACUGCGCUGGCACCAGACUAAAUGCCUGCUUUACGAUGGUUUGAGGAACCCGGUAGAAAAAUGAAACUCGCAAGACUCCAGUGAAGCGUAAAUGGUCCAUCAAUAACAUCUCCAUGCCAAGAUUUCCAUUCAAUCUCUAUGCUGUGCAAAAGGUCUCUCACACCUGCCUUAAAAACAUUACGAACCAUUUAUGCAAUCUCUACAUGUUCUGUUCCAGGGAAGCCUGUCUGAGUAACUGAAUAACUGCAGUACCGAUUCGCAUUACAGAAUACUAGUUUACGAAGAAACGUCACGUUUACAUUGUGUGUUCUCCUAAUUCGGAAUCAGAAUGCUAUGUCAUUUAAGUAAUUUGAUACAUUCUAAAAAUAUAUAUUUUUUUCACAUAAACAAAAAUGUUUGGCUACAAACUGCUUCGUCCUAUUUUGAGGACAUCAAGAUAUUUUACAUUUUUAGGCUUCCGUUUCUUAUUUCACACUGAGGCGUCAUAAAAGCAUCUGAAGGGAUGUAUUUGCAAAAUUAACCGCUACAUGUAGAAUUAACUUUUGCGUUUAACAUAACUAGUGCAAGUUACCAUAACAAUAUAGUUAAAGAGAAAAUUAAAACGCCAGGUGGAUUCCAGGCGCUUCACGUGUUAAGAACAGACUGAUCAUUAUAGUGCUUGCGUAAUAACUCUGCUCCUGCUGGUGUUUGCUGCUCCUGCUGUAUUAUCUAUUAAAUACAUGAAGGUACUCUCAAGGGUCAAACCGGGCUUCUGUGAAGGCUGGAAGAGGGGCUUUAAAUGCGUGUUUAAGUGUGAUCAGUAUGGAUAGUCCGUGAGGUGCUGUAGUCAGUGUGUGAGGUGGUGUUACUGGCUUGGUAACCUCACUGUACUACAGCAUUAUAUACUAAUACCCCUGUUAGGUUUGAAUCUUGUAAUGCUAUUCAUAAAGUCCUAAUAGUCGUGUCUGUGCCGCCAAACACCAGAACAAUAAACGAGCCUGUUUCCAAGCCUC